GCUUUCACAACUUUGGUAAAACUGUUGGUCCUGUUCGUUGGCGGGCGCGCAACCGACCGCCGUGCCGCCGUUGCCGUCGCUUGAAAAAUGUCUGUUGCGUUAGGCCUCUCUGCGCGGGCUUCAUCAUUCAGCGGCUAGCUAGCGCGGUAAACGCUGUAAUUCCGACCAGGCUCGCGCCGCUUGUCUCGCGGUCUUCAGCGCACCUUCGUACGUCGUCAACGGCGGCGGGAAACGGCGCCAUGUCCUCGGACGGGCUCGACGACUUGGACAGUUUGCCGGUGGCGGGAGACAUCCAGCAGAAUGGCGAAGCCGGCGGCGCGAACAAAGGAGCCAAGGGGAGGCUCUCGGUGGAGCGCAUCUACCAAAAGAAGAGUCAGCUGGAGCACAUUCUACUCCGGCCGGACACUUACAUCGGCUCGGUCGAGCCGGUGACGCAGAACAUGUGGGUCUACGACGGCGAAGAAAACGGCGGCAUGAAGAACCGCAGCAUCACGUUCGUGCCCGGCCUGUACAAGAUAUUCGACGAGAUACUGGUGAACGCCGCGGACAACAAGCAGCGGGACAAGACCAUGGACUGUAUCAAGAUCGAGAUCGACGCCGACCAGAACCGCAUCUCCGUGUGGAACAACGGCAAGGGCAUCCCCGUGGUCGAGCACAAGGUGGAGAAGAUGUUUGUGCCGACGCUCAUCUUCGGCCACUUGCUCACCUCGUCCAACUACAACGACGAGGAGAAAAAAGUCACCGGUGGCCGCAACGGCUACGGCGCCAAACUUUGCAACAUAUUCAGCACCAAGUUCACUGUGGAGACAUACUCGCGAAGCGAGAAGAAGAUCUUCAAGCAGGUAUGGGAGGACAACAUGAAAAAGACCACAGAUCCCAAGAUCCGGACGGAGCCAAAGGGCGAAGACUUCACCAAGAUCACUUUCCAGCCAGAUUUAGCCAAGUUCAAGAUGGACAAACUGGAUGCUGACACAGUUGCACUUCUCUCCCGCCGUGCUUAUGAUGUGGCUGGUUGCACGCGUGGGGUCAAGGUCUACCUCAACGGCAAGCGGCUGCCCGUGAAGGGCUUCAAGGACUACGUGCAGCUCUUCGUGAAGGACAAGGAGGACGAGGCGGGCAACCCGCUGACCGUGGUCUACGAGAGCGCCAACGACCGCUGGGAGGUGGCCGUCACGCUCAGCGAGGCUGGAGAGUUCCGCCAGAUGAGCUUUGUCAACAGCAUUGCCACAACCAAAGGUGGCAGUCAUGUCGACUACGUGGCCGAUCAGAUUGUCAAGAAGGUCCUCGAGAGUGUCAAGAAGAAGAACAAGGCGGGUGUCAAGAUCCAGAACAAGCAGAUCAAGGACCACCUGUGGGUGUUUGUCAACUGCCUGAUCGAGAAUCCCACGUUUGACUCCCAGACCAAGGAGAACAUGACCCUCCAGAUGAAGAAGUUUGGCUCCAAAUGUGAGCUCAGUGACAAGUUCAACAACCAGGUACUCAAGUGCGGUGUGGUGGAGGCCGUCAUGUCCUGGGUCCAAUUCAAGGCCCAGAAGCAGCUUGGACAAAAGUGCUCGGCCAAGAAGCACUCCAAACUCAAGGGAAUCCCCAAACUAGAGGACGCCAACGACGCCGGCACCCGCAACUCGGUCGACUGCACCCUCAUCCUCACUGAGGGAGACUCGGCCAAAAGCUUGGCCGUGUCGGGACUGGCAGUGGUCGGCCGGGACAAGUUCGGCGUGUUUCCGCUCAAGGGCAAGAUCCUCAACGUCCGUGAGGCCACCCACAAGCAGAUCCUCGAGAAUGCCGAGAUCAACAAUGUCAUCAAGAUAAUGGGCCUGCAGUACAAGAAGAAGUACGAGUCCGUGGAGGACCUGAAGACCCUGCGUUACGGCCGCCUGAUGAUCAUGACUGAUCAGGAUCAGGACGGCUCUCACAUCAAGGGCCUGCUGAUCAACUUUAUCCAUCACAACUGGCCGUCCCUACUGAAACUGCCAUUCCUCGAGGAGUUCAUUACUCCCAUCGUUAAGGCCACCAAGGGCAAGACUGAGCUCUCAUUCUACUCCUUGCCCGAGUUUGAGGAGUGGAAGACGAAUACCGAUGACUGGCAACGCUGGAAAGUCAAGUACUAUAAGGGUCUUGGCACCAGCACGGCCAAGGAGGCGAAAGAGUACUUCAUUGACAUGGCUCGGCACCGAAUAAAAUUCAAGUACCAGGGUGGCGAGGACGAUCGCGCCAUUGAGCUAGCCUUCAGCAAAAAGAUGAUCGAUCAACGCAAAGAGUGGUUGCGCAACGGCAUGGAAGAACGCAAGCAGCGGCGCGAACUGGGCCUGCCCGAGGUCUACCUGUACGGCAAGGACACACGUAACAUCACGUACGAGGACUUCGUCAACAAGGAGCUUAUCCUGUUCAGCAACAUGGACAACGAGCGUUCCAUCCCGUCGCUCGUCGACGGGCUCAAACCGGGCCAGCGCAAGGUCCUCUACACGUGCUUCAAGCGCAACGACAAGCGGGAAAUCAAGGUGGCGCAGUUGGCGGGUUCGGUGGCCGAGCACUCUGCCUACCAUCACGGUGAGGUGUCCCUCAUGUCCACCAUCAUCAACCUGGCGCAGAACUUCGUGGGCAGCAACAACAUCAACCUGCUGCAGCCCAUCGGCCAGUUUGGCACGCGCCUCCAGGGUGGCAAGGACGCUGCCAGCCCUCGAUACAUCUUCACAAUGCUGUCGCCACUGGCACGCCUCAUCAUGCCGGCAUCCGACGACCCCGUUUUAGAGCACCUGUAUGACGACAACCAACGCAUAGAGCCAGAGUACUACAUCCCCGUGCUACCCAUGGUCCUGGUGAACGGCGCCGAGGGUAUCGGCACCGGCUGGAGCACCAAAAUUCCCAACUACAACCCACGUGAGAUAGUGGCCAACUUGCGCAGGAUGAUCGCUGGCGAGGAACCCAAGCCCAUGAAGCCCUGGUUCAAAAAUUUCCGAGGAUCUGUGGACCAGGUUGAGCCCCAACGUUUCCUGAUCAGUGGCGAGGUGGCCAUCCUGAGCUCGACCACAAUUGAGAUCACUGAGCUGCCCGUCCGCACGUGGACGCAAGCGUACAAGGAGUCGGUGCUCGAGGCCAUGCUGCACGGCAGCGAGAAGGUGCCGCCCAUGAUCACCGACUACAAGGAGUACCACACGGACACCACAGUGCGUUUCGUUGUCACCAUGACCGAGGAGAAGCUGUCCAAGGCACGUGACGAGGGUCUGCACAAGGUGUUCAAGCUGCAAACCUCGCUCACCACUUCGUCUAUGGUGCUGUUCGACUCCAAGGGUGUUCUGACCACAUUCCGUACACCUGAGGAGAUACUCAAGGACUUCUUCGAGACACGUAUUGAAGGGUACAAGAAGCGCAAGGCGUACAUGAUGGGCCUCUUGUCAGCCGAGGCCAAGAAGCUGGAGAACCAGGCCCGCUUCAUCCUUGAGAAGAUCGACAACCAGAUCAAGAUAGAGAACAGGCGCCGCAAGGAGAUGAUCCAGACGUUGCGCGAGCGUGGCUACGACCCAGAUCCAAUAGUUGAGUGGAAGAAGCAACAAGCCCAACAGGAGGACAAGCAGGAUUCGCAGGAUGACGAGGAGGAAGAGAAAGAAGAGGACAAGGACGGUGGUAGUGCAAGCUACAACUACCUCCUGGGCAUGCCAAUGUGGAGCCUGACACGGGAACGCAAGGAAGACCUGCUGGCCAAGCGAGACCAGAAGCGAGAAGAGGUGGAGACGCUUCGCCGUAAGACUCCUGAGAACCUAUGGGACGAAGACCUGAAUGCAUUCACAGCCAAGUUGGAAGAAGUGGAGCAGGUUGAGCGAGAUGACGAGAAUUCCACGGGAACCAAAGCAGCAGGUCUCAAGAUGGCAUCCGGCAAGGGUGGCCGGCCCAAGGGUGGCUCCAAGAAAAUGGAGGCCGAGACGCAGCCGUCACCGUUUGGAGAGCGCGUCGAGCCGAAAGUAGACUGGGAGGCCAAAAAGAAGUCUGAGAAGGGCGCGGGGCCUGGCCGCAAACCGAAGAAGUCGCUUGAAGAAGGGAAGAGUGAAAGUGGAGGAGGGGGAGGAGAUGAUGGUGACGGUGCUGCACCAAAGCCAGCGCGCAAGCGUGCAUCUAAAGGCACGGGCGAAAAGAAAAAGACACCAAAGAAGCGGCGCAACAGCUGGUCAGGAUCGGACACGUCUGACGAACAGUCGGCAAUGAGCUUCGGCUCCGAUGACGAGGAGAGGCCAAAGAUACCUCCCGAGCGGCAGACUUCGCGGCGAGCGGCACUGGCACGGCCAAAGUACAAGAUUGAAGACAGCGACGAGGAGGAUGAUGACGAUGACAUGGGUGAAGCAAAAGUCAAUGAAGGUGUGCUUGAAGAUGUGGAGGAGUCUCGACCAUCGGAACCAGCAGCGUCGACAACAGAGGAUGGCCAGGAGAAUGGCCGUGUCCGCGGCACAUUUGACAGUGACAGUGAUAGCAACCUAGAACCCCUGACAAAGAGGCUUAGCCAAGGUGGAAAGGACAACUCUGAGACGGCAUUUGACUCUCUCUUUGGUGGAAGUGGUUCGGCAAGCGGAUCAAAGGCUUCUGCCUCGCAUAAAAAUGCGGGCAGUGGGUCAGACAGUGAGCCACCACGUGCUGCAUCGAAACCGGCACCCGCUCCCAAGAAGGCGCCAGCAAAGAGGAAGCCACCGGCACAGAGCGACUCUGAUGCAUCCGAUGUUGACGAGGAGGAAUUUAAGCCGAAGAAGGCUCCCGUAGCUCGCAAACCUGCAGCAUCAAAGAAGAAACCAGCCCAGAGUGCUUCUGACGCAUCUGACCUGGACGAUGAUGAUUUUAAGCCCAAGAAGGCAGCCCCUGCACGGAAGCCAGCAGCUCCCAAAAGCCGGAAGAAGAAGGCUACGGACUCCGAUUCCGAUGGAGCGCGGAAGAAGGCGAAGCCAGCAAAAAAAUCAAAGAAGGCCACAUCUUCGGAUGACGAUGACAAAAUGUCGGACAAAGAAGCUGCAGGGUCGAUGGCACCGCGUAUGACAACUGGCCGUGCCAAGGCGCCGGUCAAAUACAACUUUGGCACUGACAGCAGUGAAGAGGACUUUUAAAUUAUGUCUGACUUACGCCUCCACUUUCUUUGUUCUGUCUCACAUGCUAAGCAUUUUUAAGCCUUUGCUUUUAGGUUUUUAGGUGUGUUGCACAGUCUAUCUCUUGUUUCCUUGUGUUGUCAUUUGUCCUGUUACAUUCCACCUAUUGCCCCUUGCCAGAUGGAGCAGGACGACUCCACUUUCUGUGUUUUUUGUCCUUUCUUCAUUUUGUGCUGCUAACCUUGUUAGCAUUCAUCUGUAGGUAGGGUGUACUAGAAAGGCUUUAAGGGGGGGGCGCUCCGUGGGAGUACUCAUCGUGGUGCAUUUUGUAAUGCUGGCGUGUAAAAUUGAUAGCCAGCUUCAUUAUAUUUGAUUGUUUCUCACUGAACUGUGGACAUUUCAUCUGCAAUUUACAUCCUCCGUGUUUCUUGGCUCUGUGUUUCAAACGAUUGUUCUCAAUUGUUUCUGUUGACUGAAGACAGUUUUGAACUGAAAUAUGUGGUGAAAUUGGCUAUUGUCGUAGACCAUAACGUAGGCGAAAGUGACUUUUUUUUUGCUAUUUCACAUUUCUUUAUUGCGGUGCUGACAACAAACUUUGACCGAGAUGCAUCCUAUACUAUCACAAUGUAAAUAUAGCAUCUAAUGCAAAACAUAACUCAUUGUUUUAGGUAAGUGUUACAUUGCUCCUCCCCUUACCAACAAACUCCGAUCCACAAAGAAUGCACGUUGUGCUUCAAAGGACGCUGGGACUUUGGAAUUGCUUUGGUUUAAGCCUUGUGUAUAGAGCUCUGCCCUGUCGGAGUAUAUGAGAAAACGGCGAAGUGGUGUUCUUGUGAGAGGGUUUGUGCUGUGUGAUGUUUUUUAGCUAACGGCUGCUCACUGCAUGGCUGUAUCAUGUUCCCAUUUGCCCUCUGAAGCUUUCUAGCACACUGUACCACCCUCCAUGUUCCCUCCCCUGUGCAGCAUUUUCCACAUUGUUGACCAUACCAUGCCAUUUUACUUUAUUCUGCCAAUGUGUUACUUCGUGAAGCACUAGAAUUCUUAGAAACGAGGCAUAUACUGGUGAUGGUCACUUGGCUAUUUUUUUAUGUUGAGACACAUUAGACGUUGUGUUUUGCUUCGUAUUCUAUCACUACAGUUCAAAGUGAGCAUUUAGGAGGUCUGUACACUUAUUUAAGAUGGUAUUGCUCGUGGCUUUUUCCAUGAGAAAUGCGUUCAUUUCUGAUGUGUUUUUAAUGUUUUUAAGUGUAUAAAACAAUAAAUGUUUCGUGCAUAUUG